GACCAUUUUUAUGCGCUUCAGCAAUCGGUUUUCCCAUUCUGUGAGCUUAUUUGGCCUACCACUUCGCAGCUGAGCCAUUGUUGCUUUUAGACGUUUCCAUUUCUACCACUUACAGUUGACCGAUGGAGCACCAGCAGGGCAGAAAUUUUAUGAACUGACUUAUUGGAAAGGUGGCAUCCUAUGACGGUGCCACGGUGAAAGUCACUGAGCUCUUCAGCAAGGCCAUUCUAUUGCUCAUGUUUCCCUAUGGAGAUUGCAUGGCUGUUUGCUCGAUUUCAUACGCCUGUCAGUAACGGGUUUGGCUGAAAUAAGCAAAUCCAGUAAUUUGAAGGGGUGCCCACAUACUUCUGUGUAUAUAGUGUACUUUUCGUCAUGCAGUGUAUGUAUGUCUAAGGGUAAAACCCUUUUGCUCGGAUUUGACUGUUUUUUUUAUCUUCCAUGGCCGUGCCCUGAAAGAGCGACUCCGGUUUGUCCAGUUGCGCAAUCGCCAGAUAAACAAACUGAAUCCACUGUGAAGCUGAUAAGGGUGUGUUUAUAUUUUCACAGCAGCUCUCCAAUGAGUUAAAAUUAGCUUGUCUACACUCUUGAAAGCAAAGGUGUUUUCACACAGGAGAGAGAAAGAUGUAUACCUGUGUGCUUGUCGGUUUGGUAGUUUGGUAAUUGCAUAUAUUUAUCACAGUGUUGUGGUUAAAGGAAAGAGAUGCAAAAGUAAAGCAAAACUGCAUGGAAAACUGUCAUCGUAACUGGAAGUAACACAGGCAUAGGGAAGAUGACAGCGCUAGAUCUGGCCAGAAGAGGUGCCAGAGUCAUCCUGGCCUGCCGCAGCAAACGGAGAGCUGAGGCCGCGCUCGCUGACAUCGAGGGAGAGCGGGAGCAAUGAAGUGGUGUUCAUGCAGCUGGAUCUGGGGAGUCUGAAGUCUGUUCGCUCCUUUGCUGAAACCUUCCUAAAGACUGAGUCCAGACUCGACCUGCUCAUCAACAAUGCAGGUAUUUACAUGCCAGGCACCACAGAGGACGGCUUGGGGAUGAUGUUUAGUGUCAACCACAUCGGUCCCUUCCUGUUGACCAACCUGCUGUUAGACCGUAUGAAGGAGUGUGGUCCGAGUCGAGUGGUCAACGUGUCAUCCAUCGGUCAUAACUUCGGCACCAUCGACUUCAACUGUUUGAGCACUCACAAGGAGUUAGGAGUUGGAAAUUCUGCCACAGAUGUUUUCAACAUCUACGCCAACAGCAAGCUGUGUAAUGUUCUCUUCACGCAUGAGCUGGCCAAGAGACUGCAGGGCACAAAUGUUACCUGCUACACCCUUCACCCAGGAGCCAUCAACUCUGAACUGUUUCGCAAUGUCAGCAAGGUGUUCAUGAUUCUGAUGAAGCCUUUCCUCAUGUUCUUCUUCAAGGACACUGUGGCGGGGUCUCAGACCACCCUACACUGUGCCCUGCAGGAGGGCCUGGAGCCCCUCUCUGGAUGCUACUUUUCUAACUGUACAGUCAGGAACCUCUAUGCUAAGGCCAGAGACAAUGCGGUGGCCAAGAAGCUAUGGGAAGUCAGUGAGAGUCUGAGUGGCCUAUCCUCUUAAGAAAACCACUGUGAAUCUCCAGUUUUAACUGGGCUUCAACCUACUAACCAAUAUGCUGUGUUCUUUCAAAACAAAUCUGUAAUUCUUUCAGUUUUGCUUUAUAAAAUGUACAUGAAUAGAAAUACAUGGAUGAAGCUCUUGCUUUUUCUUACCUAACAUUGAUUUAUGGGACAUUUAAUUAGAGACGUUAUUUAUAUUUCUUACAAAACAGUAAAUAGGCCUAAAAUGUUAAGAAUGUUUGUCUUGAUUGUUUGUUUUUUGAUGGCUCCAACUACUAUUCAUAGCUUUUGCCUAAGUAUCCUCCUAACCAUUUAUCAGCUGAAUUAGAAUUUAAAGAUGGCACUCAUGCCUGCCCUACAGAGAGAGAGAGAGAUGAGCAUGAAAGCUUCAGUAGAAGAAUCCAAACAAAGCAAAUAAGAAGAAAAGCUAAAAUGCCCCUGUGCUGUCCAAUGGGGUGUGGUUUAAGCUUUCCCGCAACUCGAUAGAAAGUAGAGCUCUUUGCGCUGCAGAGUAACCAUGAGAAUAACUUUACGGUAAGGAAUUCUAGACCAUGAGAAUAACUUUACGGUAAGGAAUUCCAGAGGGCGCAGUAUGUGCUAUGGGUUCUCUUUACUGAGUGCUACACAUGAUCUGAAAGAUCAAUGGCUGCCUUUCUUCUUGUUGCUGGAGUGGUAUUGGUGGCCUAUAUGAUUUUUCAUAACGUCUUUGUCAAAGGGGCAAUAUGCAAAAGCAAUGUGAAACAGCAUGAGAACUCGUAACAGGUGUCUGUUUUUGUCAAUGCUUCCUGUAUUUCCCCACAUUGACACAGGAGGAAAGUUCAUGGCACUGUUAUGUAAUAAUGUAGAGUAGAUGUCAUUUUCUUUGCCUGUACAUUUCAUGUAUAUAGCAUUCUUAAAUUCAUUUGUCUUUGUGUAUUAUUUCAUUGGGGAUUUUUGAAUGAUUUCCCUGGUUAUAAAACUCAACGAACACUCUGCUGCAGGUUGUAGGGGAGACUGGGGGCAAUUGUAACAGGGGGUGUUUGUAACAAUUAGAACUUCUCCAAACAGAAACAAGUUAGAGUACAGUACAUGCCCAUUUAGGUUAUCUUCCUGGUUGAAGAGGUUCUGGUUGCACUGUGUUUUCUUGUAUUGUCUGAGCCUUAAUGUCCAAGAACUCGAGCGAUCAUCAUUUUCGUCACUUUCUGUUAGUUAAACAUUGACAUUGUUGUCUCUUGCUAGGCACAUGGGGUUUUGUGUCAUGGCUGCUGGGUUGGGGGCAAUUGUAACACAGUGUUAAAAUGAACCUAAGCCAAAUGAUGAAAAUAAAAAAGUGAUUUUAACUUA